AUGAAUGGUUACACAAACGCGGAUCCAAACAAGGGUGGUAGCGUAGGCACGUCAGGACAAUUGCAGCCGGGUACAAGCAGCAACAAGCCUACAGCAACAAGAAGAGCACAUCUCAGCGCCUCUCUACAGAGCAGCUUCACAAUGGUCGCGGGCAGCGGUACCAAUUUCCACUCGGAGUUCCGCAACGAUCCGGUGAUGAAGGAGAUGAGACAAAUCCGGGAAGAAAAUGCACGCCGUCAAAAACACGACUACUCACACGUGUUUAGAAAUAAAUCCAGGUUCGAUUUCAUUAGAAUCUCAGCGGUAAUAAUGGGCAUGGAGUUCGUGUACUCAGCCGAGACGGCCUUCGUAUCACCGAUCUUGCUCAGCAUUGGCAUCGAACAUCAGCUAAUGACGAUGGUUUGGGGCAUCUCGCCACUGAUAGGAUUUUUCCUAUCGCCCGUUAUCGGUUCCAUCAGCGAUCGGUGUCGCUCGCGGUUCGGUCGAAGACGACCGGUGCUGUUCGCCCUGGGCGUAGGUCUCAUAAUCGGUUGCAUACUGGUACCGUUUGGCAAGAAUAUCGGUGCCUGGUUCGGGGACUUGGGCGAAAUCGUAGACGAUCCGGCAAACACAUUCGGCGGUGCAGCCGCGCUGAUAGAUCUCAACGGGACGAUCGUGUCCGAUGCGUUCCACUCGUACAACUUCUACCGGGUUGAUGAGCAAAUUGCCGAACAUCGGACGGACUAUCGGUGGGCGAUCGUCAUCACCAUCAUCGGUACGAUCCUCACCGACUUUAACGCGGACAACUGCAUGACACCGUCCCGUGCAUUCCUGUUGGAUGUUUCGCUACCAGAGGAUCAUGCCCGUGCUUGCAGUACAUUCUCGAUACUGGCCGGGCUCGGUGGGUCGGUGGGUUACGCGAUGGGCGGCAUCAACUGGGACGAGACGUCAUUUGGCGAGUUUCUGGGUGGUAGUAUCAAAACCGUCUUCACAUUGGUGGUGAUCAUCUUCACCAUUUGCCUAACGAUCAGCCUAACCAGCUUCCGUGAGAUACCGCUUCCACUGCUCGAAUCGGACGAGCUGUUACGUCCACUGACGGAAACAGUGAUCAAGAAGGAGAAAGCCCGUCGACAGAACCAAAUUUUCGUGGUUAAGGAUGUAAGCAAGGCGCUCACGGCUCAACUGCAGUCGAUCCAAUCACCGGAGGAUGCCGUACCGCAGAAGAUUAACAACGCACUGGUCGAUGUGGAGAGGGCACCGCAGGCGAAAGCUGAUGCCGAGCUGGAGGAAGAGGACGAGCAUGUUCCGAUGGGUCCGAUGGAUUUCAUCAAGAGCAUUGUCAUGAUGCCGAAAUCGAUCGCGAUCCUCUGCCUGACGAAUCUGUUCUGCUGGAUGAGCCAUCUCAGUUACGCGCUGUACUUUACGGACUUUGUGGGCGAGGAAGUAUUUAAGGGUAAUCCGGCCGCACCGUCCUAUUCGGACGAGUAUAAACUGUUCCUGGAGGGCGUCCGGUAUGCCUGCUUCGGUAUGGCCAUCUACUCCAUCUCAUGCUCUACCUGUUCGUUCACGAUCGAGAAACUGAUCAAGGUGUUGCGUGCCCGCACGGUGUACUGUGGCGGCUUGAUCAUAGACGCUAUCGGUAUGGCCUGUAUGGCGUUCUUCCCGAACAAGGUGACCGUAUAUGUGCUCAGUGCAACCGGUGGAAUCGUUUACGCGCUGCUCUUCACCAUGCCAUUCUUACUGAUCGGACAGUAUCAUGCGAAGGGAACGUUUAAAGUAACGAAACCGGGUGCCGAACCGACCCAGGAACGGAAGCGUGGUCUGGCCACGGACAUUGCCGUCGUCGGUGGAAUGAUCUUCGUCGCACAAAUCAUCGUUGCCCUCGGUAUGGGGUCGCUUAUCUCUGUCUUCGGCACGACCUCCGUCGUCGUGUUCAGUGCGAGCCUUUGCAGUCUGCUAGCCUCGGUGUGUGCAUCUCAAGUAGUCUACAUGGAUUUGUAA